AUGAGGCUACCAUGUUCUCAUGUUUUCUACAAAAAGGCUCUGAAUGAUGGGAAUCUAUAUGAUGAAGCACUAGUGGAUGAUAAAUUCAAACGAAAGAUUUACUUCCAACACCAUAGAGAAUCAAUGGCACCAACGCCAAAUACUACAGGAAAUUCUUUCACUGAGGCUUCUAUCCCCAUCCAAAGUACUGUGGACAACACACCGAAAAAUAUCCUCUCUACAAAUGAAAAAUAUAAAAAAAGAAUGUUAGUGUGUCAGGAACUUGCCAGUGGUAUCUCUGAAUACGGAACAGAUAAUUUCAAACGGCAGUUUGAAAGACUUAAGCAAUUUACAAAUUUAAUAAAAGAUAGAAAAGAUUUUCUCAUCGUUGAACUAGUCGAUGAAGCAAAUAACAAAUCGAUCGUUAUACCCCUGCGAAUAGUAGAUGGAAAUAAGGCCGUAAAUAAAGACGGUGAGGAAGUUGAGGUUGUAGCUGGUGGAAGUGUUGGAGAACAAGCGAAUAUUAUAAUUAAAGAAAAUACUGACCAGGCUCAAAGUAUGAAUUAG